AAUGUAGUAUAGUUAGUAGGAGAAGUAGUUUCAAGUUUCAAUAUGGCUCUGUUAGUUUUUCUCUCUCUAUCUUCUAUCUUUAUCUUCAUCUUCUUCUUUAUUCUCUCCCAAAAAAGGAAAGUUGCAGCACCACCAGGUCCUCCAUCGCUUCCUCUCGUUGGUAACCUUCACCAACUCCAUCACUCAGCCCCACAUCGCUCCCUAUGGCAACUCGCCCAACGCUACGGCCCUUUCAUGUCGCUGCGUCUCGCUGCCGUACAAACCGUCGUCGUUUCCUCCGCCCGAGUCGCCAAAGAAAUCCUCAAAACCCACGACCUCAACUUCGCAACCAGGCCCGCCUUCGUGGGCCUCAGAAAGCUCUCUUACAACGGGCUCGACUUGGGCUUCGCGCCCUACGGCCCAUGCUGGCGGGAAUUGAAGAAACUCUGCAUCGUCCACCUCUUCAGCGCCAACCGCGUCCAGUCCUUUCGCUCCGUUCGAGAAGACGAGGUUGCGCAAAUGCUUCGGAAGCUCUCGGAGCGCGAAGCCUCGGGCACCGUCGUGAACCUGACCGAAGUGCUCAUGUCUUUCACGAGCUCUCUGAUAUGCAUAAUCGCGUUCGGGAAAAAGUACGUCGGCCAGUACGAGGAGGAAGUUGUCGGGAAGGGAAAGCGGAGGAGCCGGUUGCAGGUUCUGCUGAACGAGGCGCAGGCGUUGCUGACUGAGUUUUUCUUUUCGGAUUAUUUUCCGUUGCUGGGUUGGGUUGAUGGGUUGACGGGUAAAAUGCGGCGGCUUGAGAAAACGUUCAAGGAGUUGGAUGCGUUCUACGAACGAGUCAUCUUCGAGCACAUGGAUUCAGCCAUGGCUGAAAAUGGUGAUGACGAGAAAGAAGUGCAAGAUAUCAUCGAUAUCUUUCUUCAGCUUCUUCGUGAUGAUUCGCUCUCGUUUCAUCUCACUCUUGACCACAUAAAAGCCGUGCUCAUGAACAUCUUCAUAGCGGGAACAGACCCUCCGUCGGCGACGAUAGUUUGGGCGAUGACGGCACUGUUGAAGAACGGUGAAGUAAUGAGAAAGGUGCAAGGAGAAGUGAGAAGCUUGUUCGGAGAGAAAGAUUUCAUAAACGAAGACGACAUUGAAAGGCUUCCAUAUCUGAAAGCGGUGGUGAAGGAGACGUUGAGACUGUUUCCACCGUCGCCGCUUCUGUUACCGAGGGAAGCGAUAGAGCGUUGCAGCGUAGAAGGGUACGAAAUUGAAGCGAAAACUGUGGUGUACGUUAACGCGUGGGGUAUAGCUAGGGACCCUGAGAACUGGGAAAAGGCUGAAGAGUUUUGUCCCGAGAGGUUUGUGGGGAGUGAGAUGGAGUUGAAGGGGAAGGAGUUUGAGGCGCUGCCGUUUGGGAGUGGCCGGAGAAUGUGUCCGGCGAAGCACAUGGGAAUGGUCAACGUUGAGCUUGCUCUUGCCAAUCUGGUCCACACUUUUGACUGGGAAGUGGGCCCAGGGAGUGACAGAGAGGAAAUGUUAGACACGGAAGUGAAACCAGGAAUAACAAUGCACAAGAAAAGUGACCUUUACGUGGUUGCCAAAAGAGGACAAGGUAGUGUGUUAAUGUUAAAUUUGUUUUACUUUACAUUAAUAUUAGAGGUUUAAUUAGUCGGAUGAUAUUUAUUAUUAUUUAGAUA